GGGCUUCUUAACUUUUGACCAUUCACUUGAAUUUCAGAUCUCAGGUUUGAUUCUUAACCCCAUUCUUCCGUGCUUCUCUUUAUUACAUAUAUUGUUUUAAAAUUAUCUUGUACCACUUGAUCUGUUAUAAUUAUCAUCUUAAUUGAUCAUUUUGUGCCUUAAUUAACGUUUACCAGGUAAGAAAUGUCUCAAAGACUGCUUCAUGGAACUCUUCAUGUCACCAUCUAUGAGGUUGAUCACCUCAAUGCCGGUCUCACUGGUGGUCUUUUGGGCAAGUUUAGGGCGAACCUUGAAGAUACCGUUGGCUUCGGCAAAGGAACUCCAAAAAUCUAUGCAACUAUUGAUCUGGAGAAGGCUAGAGUUGGGCGUACCAGAAUGAUACAAAAUGAACCGAACAGUCCAAAGUGGUAUGAAUCUUUUCAUAUUUACUGCGGUCAUUUUGCAUCCAAUGUUAUAUUCACUGUCAAGGAUAACAAUCCAAUUGGUGCAACUUUGAUUGGAAGAGCAUAUGUGCCAGUUCAUGAUCUUUUGGAAGGGGAGGAAGUGGAUAGAUGGGUUAGUAUCUUGGAUAAAAACAAAAAGCCUAUUAGUAAAGGUUCCAAAAUUCAUGUGAAGCUACAAUUUUUUGACGUCACUCAUGAUCGUAACUGGGCCCGCGGAAUCAAAAGCUCCAAGUUUCCAGGAGUUCCUUACACUUUCUGCUCACAGAGACAAGGUUGUCGAGUUUCUUUGUACCAAGAUGCCCAUGUUCCUGACAAUUUUGUGCCUAAGAUUCCUCUGUCUGGAGGCAAGUUUUAUGAGGCCCAUAGAUGUUGGGAGGAUAUCUUUGAUGCAAUUACCAACGCAAAACAUUUUAUUUACAUUACUGGCUGGUCUGUAUAUACUGAGUUCUCCUUGAUAAGGGACUCGAGGAGGCCAAAGCCGGGAGGAGACAUGAUGCUUGGUGAGUUGCUUAAGAAAAAGGCAGAUGAAGGCGUUAAGGUUCUUUUGCUUGUUUGGGAUGACAUAACCUCUGUGGGUCUACUUAAGAAAGAUGGUUUGAUGGCCACCCAUGAUCAAGAAUCUGAGCUGUACUUUCAAGGUACUAAUGUAAAUUGCAUUCUCUGCCCCCGUAAUCCUGAUGGUGGUGGAAGCAGAGUUCAAGGUUUAACUAUUUCUACCAUGUUCACUCAUCACCAGAAGAUAGUCGUGGUGGACAGUGAGAUGCCUAACGGAGGAUCAGAGAAAAGAAGAGUUGUGAGUUUUGUUGGUGGUAUUGAUUUAUGUGACGGGAGAUAUGAUACUCCUUUUCAUUCACUUUUUAGGACGUUGGAUACUGCACACCAUGAUGAUUUCCACCAACCUAAUUUCGAAGGUGCUGCAAUUACCAAAGGUGGACCUAGGGAGCCUUGGCAUGAUAUCCACUCGCGCCUUGAAGGUCCAAUUGCUUGGGAUGUAUUGUUUAAUUUUGAGCAGAGAUGGAAAAAGCAAGGUGGAAAAAAUGUACUUGUGAAUUUGAGAGAGCUUGAGAACAUCAUCAUCCCACCAUCAGCAGUGACAUUUCCUGAUGACAAUGACACAUGGAAUGUUCAGUUAUUCAGAUCCAUUGAUGGUGGAGCUGCUUUUGGCUUCCCUGACACACCUGAAGCAGCAGCUAAAGCAGGUCUUAUCAGUGGAAAGGAUAAUAUAAUUGAUCGAAGUAUUCAGGAUGCUUAUAUUCAUGCUAUUCGACGGGCAAAAAAUUUCAUUUAUAUCGAAAAUCAGUAUUUUCUCGGAAGUUCUUUUGGCUGGAACUCAGAGGAUAUAAUUGAUGCAGAUGUCAAUGCUUUGCAUCUAAUACCAAAGGAGCUCUCUCUGAAGAUUGUCAGUAAAAUCGAAGCUGGAGAGAGGUUCACUGUUUAUGUUGUGGUCCCAAUGUGGCCAGAAGGGCUACCAGAAAGUGCGUCAGUUCAAGCCAUUCUGGACUGGCAAAGAAGGACAAUGCAGAUGAUGUAUAAGGAUAUUGUUCAGGCUCUCCAGGCUAACGGAAUCGAAGAGGACCCUAGAAAUUAUUUGACAUUUUUCUGUCUUGGCAAUCGCGAGGUAAAGAAUAGUGGAGAAUAUGAACCUUCACAGCAGCCACUUCCAAAUACAGAUUAUAGUAGAGCCCAAGAAGCCCGUCGUUUUAUGAUCUAUGUGCAUGCCAAGAUGAUGAUAGUUGAUGAUGAGUAUAUAAUAGUUGGGUCUGCCAAUAUCAACCAGAGAUCAAUGGAUGGCGGCAAGGAUUCUGAGAUAGCUAUGGGAGCCUAUCAACCAUAUCAUCUAGCAACUAGGCAACCAGCAAGGGGUCAAAUUCAUGGAUUCAGGAUGUCGUUAUGGUAUGAGCACCUGGGAAUGCUUGAUGACACCUUCCAGCAUCCAGAGAGUGUUGGUUGUAUCCAGAAACUGAAUACGGUAGCAGACAAAUACUGGGAUCUCUAUGCAAGUGAAACUCUGGAACAUGACUUGCCUGGACACUUGCUCAGAUACCCGAUUGCUGUUACUAGUGAAGGGAAUGUCACAGAGCUUCCAGGCAUGGAGUUUUUCCCAGACACCAGAGCACGUGUUCUUGGUGUUAAAUCUGAUUACUUGCCUCCCAUUCUCACAACAUGAUUAGUUCAGUAGAAAAUCAUGUAUUUCAAGUAAUAACUUAUUAGCUCUAUCUCCUAUGUAUGUUAAUCCGCAGAAUCUUCUUCUUUCCCGAGAUGCGCAUAGGAGACUUAUAGAGAUUUGGUGUGUGCUUUAUGAUUAGCUGUUAAAAGGUGAUUUAGACUGCUCUAUGGUUGCAUUAUCUCUUAGUGCUCUGGUUGAAUUAAAGAACAAUUAAAGUUUGCCUUCUUACUUAAUUAUAUGGACUCUCUGAUUUGUGUU